UCGUGAAUAGUCUUCAAAUCCAAAGAAAUGCCCAACUUCUUAGGAUCAAUGCAGCUAAAGCCGUACUCUGCAAAAACAAAGCACAAAAUAUGUCAGCAAAACGAAACAGGAAAGAGAAGGACAAACUCACUGAAAAAAACGGUCUCAGCCGAAAGACACCUACCCCUAACACAGUCACAAACAUCAAUACAAUUCCUGGAUGGUUUGCUAAUAAGUCUGAUGAAUUUCCCGGGGAAGCGGAUCUCUUCAAAGCUGAAAAAGUUUUAUUUGCAGGAAAAUCUAGUUAUCAAGAUUUUCUUGUAUUUGAGAAUACAACAUACGGGAAAAUCGUGGUCCUGGAUGAUGAACUUCAGCUAAGUGAGAAAGACGAGUGGGCGUACCAAGAAAUGUUAACACACCUUCCUCUUUGCUCCAUCCCUAACCCAAAGAAGUUAUUGUUGAUUGGAGGAGGAGAUGGUGGAAUUUUGCGUGAAGCAUCUCGCCAUCCUUCCUUAGACCAGAUUGACAUAUGCGAGCUUGACAAGAUGUUAGUUGAUACAUAUGCAACAUUUUUUCCGGAUAUAGCAAUUGGCUAUAAGGACCCGCGAGUGAAGUUACAUUUGGGAGAUGGAGUAGCCUUCUUGAAGUCUGUUCCACAAGGUACUUAUGAUGUAGUGAUAUUGGAUGCAUUUCAUGUGAUGGGGCCUGAUGCGAAAGAGGUUGUCGAUGAAGGGUUCUUGGAGUCAGUGGCAAACGCACUCCGGCCAGGAGGUGUGCUAUGUGCUCCUGCAGAAAGUUUCUGGCACCCCGAAUUUGAACUUGAAAGCAUUAUCGAUACGUGCCGCAAAAUUUUUAAAGGAUCUGUCAACUAUGCUUGGAGCAGUGUCCCUACUUACCAGAGUGGCAUUGUGGGAUACAUGCUUUGCUCCACAGAAGGGCCAACACUACCAGUGGACUUUAUGCACCCUAUCAACCCUUUAGACGAAAAUAUAAACUCUGGGAUAUCAAACCAGCCUUUAAAAUUUUAUAACUCAGAGAUGCAUACUGCAGCGUUCAUCUUGCCUACUUUCGUGCUAAAGUAUAAAACUCCGUCUAAUUUUGCAAACUGUUUUGAGUUGAGUACUUAAAUUGUGUUGUACUACUACAGCUAGACCUGCAAUUACCUUUUACAUUAAUAUUUUAAAGUAUUUAUAUAUUUCCAUCAAAAAU